GCCAGGGGCUAAGCCACCCCCCUGCAUAGAUGGUGACAUCAAUGGAUUUCCAGCCUGCAUUUAACAACGACAUUUCGGCCCCAACUACGUCCAAUAACCCGAAUCCCGAUGCAAAAUCCCGAAGACAGCGUUGAACGCGUGUAGGAUGCGAACUUUUGGCCGAGCAGAGCCAGUUCGUCGACUCAACACGAAACGAAUCAGAGAUGCGACCACCAUUACAUUGUCCUCAGAGCGCGACAACGACAAGUCUCGCAUUCGUGAAUGAUUCACGCGGUAGGCGGGACAACUUUGCGACAGGUAAUCAAACAUGGUCGAUCGGCUUCGUAUUGCGGCCCGGGGCGACGAUACAGCCCGCCAUCUUCUUCCUGGUGGCUCUAACGACACUAGCUGUCUUGCCUGCAUCCAGUCAGAUGCCACAAUUGGCCUUCAUGCUCGACUCUAACAACACUAGCUGUCUUGCCUGCACCCAGUCAGAUGCCACAAUUGGCCUUCAUGCUCGACGCAUUUGCUCAGGGUCUCCCUUUCCGGGUGGUCCACUAUUGAUAAACAUUCCAGGCUUCGUGAUCCGGGAUCAAUUUGCCGCACAACUUGGGCCGGGUCCUUGCUCGGGCAGGCUCAAGACAGGUCCGUUGUUUGGGAGCUCAUCAAGGCGUAGAAGUCGACCCAUACCUCCGUCGAACAAGUCGUCGGAAUCAAGAGCAGAGCCGACAAACAAUCCACGCCAUUCAACACCUGUACUCCAUGUCGAUGAGUGUCCUCCUCAACAGCGCGUCUCUACGUGCGGCUGCUCGCCGAGACACUGCAUCGACAAACUGCAUCGUAUGGUUCUCUGCACGGGGGUCUAUCGGGUGGAGACGUGAAGCAGCAACCCCAGCACAGCUCUAGGUUGCGGUGAUAUCUGGGUUGGGGACCCGGAUACGUUCCACAUGACCUCUAUUGUCCGGAAACAAGGCUAGCUGAACAGACCGCGUUCUUAAAGGUGGUGCCCCAAGUGUCAGUGAUACUCCGGAUGUUGAAGUCAAUGGUACAGCAUUCACAAUAUGAUUCAUACAACUCGGUCUCCGAUACGAACGCCUGAAUUCAUGGAACUGAAAGAGAAAGAGCCAACAUCAGUCUAGG